CGGAAAAGAUAUCGAAACGGGUUCUGUCCAUAUCUCCGAGGCAGUUGAUGGGGAAAUGUCGAUGAACGGACCAUGACGACAAUGCUUUUGAGAGCGGAAAGUCAACAGCUUUCUCCAUCUCCAUGAAUAUUCAAAUUGAUUUUUUCCGAACGCCAAGGCUGUAGCCGCUACGCUUCAAACUAAGCGCUAUCCGCAUCUCAUUCACUCUCCUCUGCCUCUGCUUCAAACUAAGCGCUAUCCGCAUCUUAGUCACUCUCCUCUGCCUCUGCUUCCUUCCUUCUACCUUUCCCAACCUAAUAGGAGAAAGUAAUGAUGAUGAUGAGAGUGAGCGACUGCAUACUCGGCCUGUGGCUGUGGUGUUGUUGUCUGCUGCUGCUCCUUGCUGCUGCACAGAUAACAGAUCCUUCCGAAGUUAGUGCUUUGAUGGCAGUGACGGAGAAAUUAGUUGAUCCCAUGAAGAAUCUCAGAAAUUGGAAAAAAGGGGAUCCUUGCACAUUUAACUGGACUGGAGUUAUAUGUUCUGAUAAUCUUGGGAGUGAUGGAUACUUCCAUGUUCAGGAGCUUCAGCUACUAAAUAUGAAUCUUUCUGGAACUUUAGCACCUGAGCUUGGCCAACUUUCUCAUCUCAGAUCACUAGAUGUCAUGUGGAAUGAAUUGACUGGCAGUAUACCUAAGGAGAUAGGACAUAUCUCUACCUUAAGACUCCUACUCUUGAACGGAAACAAAUUAUCGGGUUCUUUGCCAGAGGAACUUGGCUACCUCUCAAAUCUGAAUAGACUUCAAAUAGAUGAGAAUAACAUUUCUGGCCAAAUACCAAAAGCAUAUGCCAACUUGAGCAGUGUGCAACAUCUCCACUUCAACAACAACUCACUUAGUGGUCAAAUUCCCCCUGAGCUAUCUCAGUUAACCACUUUGGUUCACUUGCUUUUGGAUAGUAAUAACUUCUCUGGAUAUCUCCCACCAGAAUUCUCGAACAUACCAGAUCUGGCCAUACUCCAGCUUGAUAACAACAACUUCAAUGGCUCUGAUAUUCCAGCUUCUUAUGGGAACUUUUCCAGAUUAGCAAAAUUAAGUCUUAGAAAUUGCAGCUUGCAGGGAGCAGUUCCUGAUCUUAGCAGGAUAUCAAGCCUUAGAUAUCUGGAUCUCAGCUGGAAUAAUCUUACUGGACCCAUACUAUCAAAUAAGCUUUCAGAGAAUAUGACAACCAUUGAUCUUUCAGAUAACCAGCUAAACGGAUCUAUCCCUGGAAGUUUCUCGGACCUUCCUUCACUUCAGGAACUAUCAGUCAAGAACAAUCUUCUGACAGGUCCUGUCCCUACCAACAUUUGGCAGAAUAUGUCCUUCAGUACAAGUGCUAAACUUACGUUGGAUCUUAGAAACAAUUCAUUCUCAAGCAUUCAAGGACAUCUAAAUCCUCCGGUGAAUGUUACCUUGAGGCUUGGAGGCAAUCCUGUCUGCAAUAAUGCAAACUUAUUGAAUUUAAGCCUGUUCUGUGGAUCUGAAUCCGGAGAGAUGCCUACAUACUUAAACAACUCACCAGGGCAAUGCCGAACUCAAGAGUGCCCUACAGACGGUUUCUAUGAGUAUAUCCCAGCAUCUCCUGUGCCAUGUUUCUGUGCAGCACCUCUCAGAAUUGGAUAUCGUCUGAAGAGCCCUAGUUUUUCUUAUUUUCCUCCAUAUAUCCAGCCAUUUGAGGUGUACAUGACUAGUUCUUUGAACUUAAGCCUAUAUCAAAUGUCAAUUGGUACAUACUCUUGGGAAAAAGGACGUCUAAGGAUGUACUUGAAGCUUUUUCCUAGUAUCGAUAAUAAAAGCUCACAUGCUUUUGAUAAUAGCGAAGUUAAGCGAAUCAGAGACUUUUAUUCAUCAUGGAAGUUUCAUCGUAACGACGUUUUUGGACCAUAUGAGUUGCUUAACUUCACUCUACUAGGACCUUAUGAAGAGAGGAACUCGGAGAAUGAAAGUAAGGGUAUUAGGAAGGGCACUUUGCUAGCCAUUGUAGGCGGGGGUGUUGCCUGUGCAGUUGCACUGUCUGCUGUAGUAACAAUUCUAAUAACAAGAAGGCAUGCUAGACACCAGCUUGCAAUGUCAAGAAAACGUUUUUCGUCAAGGGUUUCUAUGAAAAUUGAUGGGGUGAAAAACUUUACAUUUAAAGAAAUGGCUCUUGCUACUGACAACUUUAACAGUUCAACUCAAGUUGGGCAAGGAGGUUAUGGAAAAGUGUACAAAGGAACUUUAUCCGAUAAAACAGUUGUUGCCAUAAAACGUGCAGAAGUAGGAUCUUUGCAGGGACAAAAUGAAUUUUUGACAGAGAUAAAGCUUUUGUCAAGGUUGCAUCACCGUAACCUAGUUUCAUUGGUUGGAUACUGUGAUGAAGAAGGGGAACAGAUGUUGGUAUAUGAGUUCAUGCCCAAUGGCACCUUGAGGGACUGGCUUUCUGCUAAAGUUAAAGAAACCCUAAAUUUUGGAAUGAGAUUACGUGUUGCACUGGGUUCAGCCAAGGGAAUUCUUUACCUCCAUACUGAAGCACAUCCUCCUGUAUUCCACCGAGAUAUCAAAGCCAGCAAUAUUCUUCUUGACUCCAAGCUUAAUGCAAAAGUUGCUGAUUUUGGUCUCUCACGGUUAGCUCCAGUCCUGGAAGAUGAGGGGACUGUGCCGGAUCACGUGUCCACAAUUGUGAAGGGAACACCUGGUUACCUGGAUCCAGAAUACUUUCUGACCCAUAAGUUGACUGACAAAAGUGAUGUUUAUAGCCUUGGAGUUGUUUUCAUGGAGCUGUUGACGGGUAUGCAACCAAUAUCACAUGGCAAAAACAUCGUCCGGGAGGUGAAUAUGGCUCAUCAGUCAGGCAUGAUGUUCUCUCUAAUAGACGGUAGAAUGGGUUCUUAUCCUUCUGAAUGCAUUGAGAGAUUUGUAGGUCUAGCCCUCAGUUGUUGCCAUGACAAGCCAGAGAAGCGACCAUCGACGUUGGAUGUGGUCAGGGAGCUAGAAUACAUGCUCAAGAUGAUGCCAGAGACUGAUUCCGUUUCUUCCGAAGUAAUUUCCUUAUCUGGCAAGUCAUUGUCAUCAUCCUCAUCCUAUAGUACCAGGGACCCGUAUGUCUCCUCAUCGAAUGUGUCAGGAAGUGAUCUUAUCAGUGGUGUUAUUCCUUCCAUCACAGCCCGCUGAGAGCACAGGCUAGACGAACACAUACAAUCGAGUAUCACCUGUUCAUUCAUGCCAACUCUUUUGGUGCCGACGGAUGAGAAGAGAACAACGUAAAACCUCUUGUGAAACUAUAGGAAUGUAAAUAUGCUAGUGUUUUGAAUACUAGGGAUUUUGAGUAGAAUGGGACUUUGUAAGAAUAGAAUAAGAUAGGAAAAUAAUAAAAUAAAAAUAUUAUUAUGUAA